UUCAUCUUCUUCUCUUAAUGUCCCUGAUUAAAACAAAAAGCAGCUCAGCCACUACAACUCCUAGCUACGGCACGAUAUUUAAAUCACUAUAAAUUGAAACCACUUAUCCACCAUUCUUUUUAUCCCAAAUCUUUCUUAACUUCUCUGAUAAUACCAUGACUUCACUAUCAUCGUCUCACUCUUUAGUCUUUACAAUCCAACGGCGCCAACCGGAGCUGGUGGCUCCGGCUUCGCCCACUCCCCACGAAGUUAAACUAUUAUCUGACAUAGAUGAUCAAGAAGGGUUGCGUUUCCAAAUUCCACUCUUUCAUAUUUAUCAGCACAAGCCAUCUAUGGAAGGAAAAGACCCAGUUAGGGUUAUAAGAGAUGCACUCUCGAGAACACUUGUGUUUUACUACCCAUUUGCCGGCAGGAUCAGGGAAGGUCAUGGCCGCAAGUUGAUGGUGGAUUGUACCGAGGAGGGUGUCUUGUUUAUUGAGGCAGAUGCUGACGUAACACUUGAUCAACUUCGUGGCUCUCUUCAACCUCCAUUUCCAUGCUCCCAAGAACUCCUUUAUAAUGUUCCAGGCUCUGAUGGAAUUGUCAACUGCCCCCUUCUACUCAUACAGGUUUAA